AUGGGCCAAGGGGACGAGAGCGAGCGCAUCGUGAUCAACGUGGGCGGCACGCGCCACCAGACGUACCGCUCGACGCUGCGCACGCUGCCCGGCACGCGGCUCGCCUGGCUGGCGGAGCCCGACGCCCACAGCCACUUCGACUAUGACCCUCGCGCUGACGAGUUCUUUUUCGACCGCCACCCGGGGGUCUUCGCGCACAUCCUGAACUACUACCGCACGGGCAAGCUGCACUGCCCGGCCGACGUGUGCGGGCCGCUCUACGAGGAGGAGCUGGCCUUCUGGGGCAUCGACGAGACCGACGUGGAGCCCUGCUGCUGGAUGACGUACCGCCAGCACCGCGACGCCGAGGAGGCGCUCGACAGCUUCGGAGGCGCGCCCCUGGACAACAGCGCCGACGACGCGGACGCCGACGGCCCGGGCGACUCGGGCGACGGCGAGGACGAGCUGGAGAUGACCAAGCGCCUGGCGCUCAGCGACUCCCCGGACGGCCGGCCCGGCGGCUUCUGGCGCCGCUGGCAGCCGCGCAUCUGGGCGCUCUUCGAGGACCCCUACUCAUCCCGCUACGCGCGGUAUGUGGCUUUUGCCUCCCUCUUCUUUAUCCUGGUCUCCAUCACCACCUUCUGCCUGGAGACCCACGAGCGCUUCAACCCCAUCGUGAACAAGACGGAGAUCGAGAAUGUUCGGAAUGGCACGCAAGUGCGUUACUACCGGGAAGCGGAGACGGAGGCCUUCCUCACCUACAUCGAGGGCGUCUGCGUGGUCUGGUUCACCUUCGAGUUCCUCAUGCGCGUGGUCUUCUGCCCCAACAAGGUAGAGUUCAUCAAGAACUCACUCAACAUCAUUGACUUUGUGGCCAUCCUCCCCUUCUACCUGGAGGUGGGCUUAAGCGGCCUGUCUUCCAAGGCUGCCAAGGACGUCCUGGGCUUCCUGCGCGUGGUCCGCUUCGUGCGUAUCCUGCGCAUCUUCAAGCUGACCCGCCAUUUUGUGGGCCUGCGGGUCCUGGGCCACACUCUCCGCGCCAGCACCAAUGAGUUCUUACUGCUUAUCAUCUUCCUGGCUCUGGGCGUCCUGAUCUUCGCCACUAUGAUCUACUAUGCUGAGAGGAUAGGGGCACAGCCCAAUGACCCCAGCGCCAGUGAGCACACCCACUUUAAGAACAUCCCCAUUGGCUUCUGGUGGGCCGUGGUCACCAUGACAACGCUGGGCUAUGGAGACAUGUACCCACAGACGUGGUCCGGCAUGUUGGUGGGAGCACUGUGUGCACUGGCGGGUGUGCUGACCAUCGCCAUGCCCGUGCCUGUCAUCGUGAACAAUUUCGGGAUGUAUUACUCCUUAGCCAUGGCUAAGCAGAAACUACCAAAGAAAAAAAAGAAGCAUAUUCCACGGCCACCGCAGCUGGGAUCUCCCAAUUAUUGUAAAUCUGUCGUGAACUCUCCACACCACAGUACUCAGAGUGACACAUGCCCGCUGGCCCAGGAAGAAAUUUUAGAAAUUAACAGAGCAGAUUCCAAACUGAAUGGGGAGGUGGCGAAGGCCGCGCUGGCGAACGAAGACUGCCCCCACAUAGACCAGGCCCUCACUCCCGAUGAGGGCCUGCCCUUUACGCGCUCGGGCACCCGCGAGAGAUACGGACCCUGCUUCCUCUUAUCAACCGGGGAGUACGCGUGCCCGCCUGGUGGAGGAAUGAGAAAGGAUCUUUGCAAAGAAAGCCCUGUCAUUGCUAAGUAUAUGCCGACAGAGGCUGUGAGAGUGACUUGACCAGGCGGCUUGGCCCAGGACACUGGUGGCUAUUAAGCAUCUGGGUGGACCUGCAGCCCCUCCUCACCCUCGGACAGAGUAAAUUCACGCCAUGCAGGUUUGCCGGACGAGUCCGAGU